ACGGUCACCGUGGACGCAGCGGAGACGCCGUGAAAAUACAGAGACGCCAAAGAGAAGCAGGGAAAUUGCUUUGUAUUUUUGUUUCACUGGCAGCGCGCAGCACAGUCUUCUGUCGCUCGUUGAACUUUCGGGCUUGCUUCUUUCGCUAAAGGCACGACGGAUGAUUCAUGCUGCCGUCGUCAUCGCUUUGUGCGCGACAGUUGAGCGCGAGUGCCGCUGAAUCGCGCACCAACCGACGCGAACUCGAGUGAAGAAAAGCUUGAUGGAUAUUGUGGAGUGCUCCCUGAGCUCCUGUUCACUACUGCGGAGGCUGCAGAGGUCCCUUCACCGUUGCAGCGACCAGCAGCCGUGCUUUUGACCGUCGCCGAGGCCGCCGCGUCGGCAAAAACGACAUUCGCUAUGCCCGUGAACGCAGACUCUGGGGGUGUGAGGAAGCUGCUCCGAGCUGCACUGGCCCGGUGCUGCUCCGUGUCGCACCUGGUGGCCGUUUUGGACGUGCUGGUGCUGCUGGUGGCGGUCGUGUUCCAGGGUUCGACGCUCGACUUCUAUCUGAUCCAGCACAACCAGGGAUCGGUCGCCUGGUACUUCUGGUUCCUGGCCGACUUCCUCGUCCUCAUAGGCAUCAUGUCGGCUGUCUUCCUAGCUCGACGCCACUUCCGGCGGUCAGCACUGUCUCCUGACCAUCCGGACGAUGCCACACCCGAGCCCGAACCCCCGCACCCAAUCCUGGGUCGCUUCCCGCUGUGCUACUUGUCCUGGCUGCUGUAUGCGCUGCUGCUGGUGGCCAAGGUAGUCCUGCUCUUUCGCAUGGAUGUGGCACAGAAGCUGCAGGACGACAACGUGUACGGGUCCCAGUUUCUCAAGGCUGUGGUGGCAGUGGCGGCAGUGGUCUUCCUGCUGCUCGUCGAGAGUCACAACGAAGCAGCCACCAGCUCGGAGCAGCGCACGUACCUGCACUCGCUCUGCACGGGCACCACCUUCGAGGUGCUGGACAGCGUCACUUUCCUCGGGCUGCUGUUCCCCAGCGAGACCCACCUGACGCUGACGUACCCGCUCGAGAACGCCGUGCUCGCGCUCACCUGCGUCAAUUUCGUGCUGCCCACCCUGGCCUUGUUCAAGUUGAGCCAGUGCGAAUUUGGGCAGCUGCCGCGACCCCUUGGACUGAAGUUGCUGUACAAAGUCCUGCACAUGGGCCUUGUCAAUGUUCCCUACCUGGCCAUCCGCAUCUACCUCUGGAGCUUCUUCGGCCACGACGUCUCUCUCUUUCUCAUCAAAAACCUGCUCGGCAUCUACUCCGCGCUGCGCACGCUCGUGCCCGAGCUGCGCCUCUACUUCUUCCUGCUCGCCAACCGGCGCCGAAGUCACACGUGCAUCGCUGCCGACCCCAUAGAGCUCAAGGUCAUCUGUGAAAAGGACGAUCGCCACGGUGAUGACGACGGGAUGCCCAGCCGAUCGGUUGGGAACGUGCUCUAGCAGCCUUUGCGGAGGCCCUUAUCGAGGCCGUCAUAACUUUCCCUUACUUGGUUGACGUCACUGCUGCUGUGUGUUUCCAGCGUGCCGAACAGAGUGGACUUUUAUCUGUGAAGGUGUCACGCUUCGUGCCUUUGUUGUGGACACCGUGACACCACCUUAUCUGCUGUGAGCAUGCUGGCUGGAAGUGUGUUUUUAUCUGUUUACUUAAUCUGAUUUGCAAGUGACAGGUGUAGCCUCGGAUGCAUUUGCUGGUUUUCAGAGACAAGGAUCACUUGUAGUAAAAAAGAAAAAAAGACAAAAAAAAAAGAACAGAAAGCUGGCCCGGCUGGGCAUCAGCCCUGCAGUCGUAAGGUCCAGGGAUCGCACAAGCCAGACAAGAGACGUCGCUCACAUCACCGGAGCAUUGAGACUGCUACAAUGGUGAAACUUGAGAAAGCAGGGCUUGUUUCGAAACUGCAUUAUCAUUGUUCUUGAUUCAGAACACACUGAAAUACUUGGCACCUUGAUAUGGCAGUGCUUACUGCGUAUUGAGCGUAUGCUUUGUCUCUAGGUGCAGUUUGGAUGCUGCAUUCUCUUCACUUGCCAGGGACCGCAGCUUUGCACUCGCUCGUGUCCUAGGAAAAGUACGUCUGGUGACAUACCAUGCGGAGAAACCUGGAGGCAGCUUUGAGAACUUCUCAUCGAUCAAGGAUGAACUUCUCAUCGAUCAAACCUGAAGGCAGCUGAUAUCGCACUGUCGUCCGUUGGCAACCUGUGGAAGUGUAGCUUGUGCAUUUGCCAAGAUGUGGCUUCUUGCAGCUUCUUUCCAGACGCUACAGUACCCUCUCAUAGCUGUGUGACACUUUUAUUUUUUGAUGCUUGUUGGCUCGUUCGUUAUGUUUUGUGUACGAUUGUGCCACGUGUGAAUCUCCUACCCAUAUGCACUGAAGCUGAAGGUUGCUUGUGACAGGGAAAGGCCAUAGUAAUGGCGAUGAACAUCCCGGGAUGUUGGGGACCAUUGGCCCAAGAUGUGGUAGGGUGGCGUGGUUCGUUGAAGCUUCAAUGCCCCUGCAUCUACUGCUGGGCUACUGCUAUUGCAUGUUACAGGCACAUUGCGAAACAACAGCUUGUGCUGCUAAGAACUACUCUCAAAGCUUUUCUUUGAACGAUGCACACUUUGGGAUCAUGUUUGCCCAAAGUUACGUGCAGCUAAUUCAUGUCAGCACAAGCUAUUCUGCUGCGUCUUGAACAAACGUCACGCUUGUAAUCUAGGUCACUUUCUUAUCAGUAUUGUGUGCACUCUUGGGCAAUGUCUCUUUUCUUUGUUUUUGAUGCGCAGGCUUUGGGUGGUCAUUGCCAUCGAAAAUCAAUGCCACUUAGAGAGCUUAUGCCUAUGGGAGAUGCAGUGCUCAAAGAUCAGAGAAGGGAUAAGAGAUUAUUAGAGUGGCCAUUUAAGGACAUUUACAUGUAGAAACUGGUUGAUUGGAGCCUUCAAAGGACGGCACGCACCUAUCUGGUGCGAUCGUCCAAUGAUUUUGCCAAAAAUACGAGAGCUUUGAACGAUAUGCUCAACUUGCACCAGCUUUGCGUGAUAUAAAGUUUCAGAGCGUUCCACUUUUUUUUUUUUUUAUGCGUAGAACCCCACUAUGACAUUCCAAGGAAGUCGCUGCUAACAGCUCUGUGCUUUCAGACAAGUUACUAUUAGACUCUGUAACCACCCCUGCCUGGAGCUGUAGCAGUUGCAUGCGUUCAUGUCAGCGUAGAGCUCUGUUUUUGCCUGGUUCCUGUCACGUAGUCCAUGUUCUAUUGAGAAUAUCGCGGAAGCCCAACUUAAGAAGAUAAAGUUGAUGUGAUGACAUAGGCCACUGAUCAAUCCUGUUAACAUUUGUGACAAGUACAAGCCCUGGGAGUUGUCAUAGAGCUACGUCCUGUCGCAAAACCGUAGUAUUCAACCUUUCAAUAGCAAGCUGUUGAUCCUGAAUUCCGGAGGACAGCAUCAUGCUUCCUCUGCGACAUGUUGAAGCAUCACUGAUGACUGUUGUUUGAAGACAGUUGUUUCUUCACGUUUGUCUCGUUUGUCUCGGCAUGUGUUUAGAAAUAGUGUUUUAGACACCUUUUCAGAAAUGUGUUGUCGUGGGACUUGUACAGUCGGCCACUAAAAUUUACAGGACACAAUUUGCAAAAAGGCUGAAUUCCCGCAAAGCCCGAGCACAUAGCCUCAAAUUUAGUGUUUCAUUGUGUGUGUUCUAGCCUCUGUGACCUACGCAGUGGUCCAGUGCCCCAUAAAAUUUUGUGGUCGACUGUACACCUGAGAACUCAAUGCCCAAAUACUGUUAUUGCCUUUGUGUGAGAGCUAAUAGCCGAUUCAGAAGUGUCUACUACGGAGUGGCUACAAGUCCCAGAACUGUAUGUGUGUAGUAUAGUGUACUGGAGAUUACAUUUCUGUGCACAAGUUGACUUUUUUCGGCAUGGCGGCUGGCCUGGAUCUACUUGCUUGAUGUGUUGUCCCUUGCAUGGGCGUGAAGUGUACGUGUUCAAGAUUUUGCCAAUGUUUCGAGACAGUGUGAUAGCGCACAUACGUUUUGGGGAGGUGCAGGGGUACUGAGUAGGAAUGUCCCGUGUUGUGACGUUAAGCAUUCUCUGCCUGGUCUUAAUUAACCGCAGAUGCAUUCCACUUUCACACCUGUUAGUGAUUAUCAGCAGUUAACGCAACAAAAUCGAAAGACCGAGACUGUCACUGCUGCUCGCAGUAAGAUACUCAGUCUAGAUUAGCAUUGACGAGUGUUGUCAGCAUCGCUAAGAUUACAGGAUGUGGUAAAUACAGUAUCCGCUCCAUCCAUCGUCUCGGUCACUACAUGUUGCACACUCGCAGAUAGUGAACAGAUACUGUUGAAGUAAUCGAAAUCUUGCUGAAUGUUUGUAUAUGUUUAUGUACCCAUGCAAACUGAUAGUUUAUGUGGCAACAUUUAUCUUGGUGUUUAUUGAUUUUUAUGUGCUUAGAAGGCCCUUUGAAACAAAAUGUAUUUAUAUGUAGCCUUGAGGUUGUAGAAUGUUUUACGAAUUCUCUUAACGGCAGUCUGAUGGUGUUUUAUUUUAUACUCAAUUCGGGAGUCGUUAAGUGGUGACACGUGAUUUGUUUUAUUUGGCCAAGCUUUUUUGCGUCUGUUUGAGGGGUGUACAAAGAGCAAAAUUGACAUGAAAUUUGGUGUUUUUUAAAGUUUGUUUAUGCCAUCUCUGAAGGCUGCGAUUCAUGUUCUGUGACAGUUUGCAAGAAUAGUAAUUUGUUGGUACUUGCAGCACAGAACUAGGUACCGGCAUGCUUUUAAAAUCUAAGCAAACUAAGUACGACGCUGCAGAAUUUAGAUAAUGGGCUGUGCUCAUUGGUGAGAGCCCCUUAACACUGUGGUGAGAAGUUAAAAAAAAAAAAAAGGGGGAGAGAGAAGUGCGAAACUUUUUCAUGACCUGCAUAUUUUGCGCUAUUUUUUUCUAAAAGUUUUUCCCAAAAAUUCAUGAUGAGUUAAAUCAUCAUCGACAGUUAAAGGGUUAAUGCUGUACUUGCUUCACAACACAUUGCGGCUUCUAUUUACACAGUGUCAAAUUACUGCAAUCGCUUGAUGUUUGGUUGUGGUAUGCUUACUUUUGGUUCCACUUGUCUAAGGCAGCCACUUUAUAGCAAGAUACGUAAACUUUGGCAAAUGGCUACUUGCUUUUGAGUGCAUUUUAGUAUUAGCUUUGUGUUUUCAGCCUGCACCAUGAUGUUCAUAGAGAAGCACUGUCUUCAACUUUGGAACCGUAGAAGACCCUUACUGCAUUACUGCGCACAUAUGCAGACUGAAGCAGAAAGCAUUUGUUUUCCUCUGGAGUCGCUGAUGUCCCUGCAGUUCCCGUCACUUACAGAUGCAUUGGAUGUAUAUGUUAGAAGAGUUGUACCUGACAGAACAUUUGCUUAUUGAUGUAGAGUUAAAAAAAAGCACUGCAGUUUUGUGAAAUUGCUAAUAUAAGUUCUGUUAUUUUGCCCCAUGCGGCUCACUGUAGACAGUGCAUGAGAAGCUUGUGUGACUCUAAUUCAGUCUUUUGCAUGAGAGUCAUGUUUUUUUGUAGUGUACAUAUUGCUUCAUUGUGUUCAUUGCUCAUUCAAGCAUCUCACUAACCUUUAAUGAGUGCUCAGGGGUUCUACACUUCCUUAUUUCUACCCAUGCAGGCUAAUUUCAAGCAUAUAUACUUAUGUAAGAUCAUUAAUUGAGCAAAACAUUCAAGCAGCAGGGUGAAGCAAUCCGGAUCAUAUAUAGCUUAGCCGUUGACCUUACCGAUCGGCUAGAACUUUUGCUGUAUCUACACUUCGCCUCAAAGUCAACUUGUAGUACAGUCAAAGCUACAAGGCCUGCUAAUGCCGCGUAGUUCCGUUUUUUCGGCGUUGGUUAUAUUGCAGAUACAUACAAUAUCAAACGUUAUAUAAAUGUUUGUCUAUUUUCUAACAUCAUAGAUACUGCGUGUAAUACGUUCCUUUUGUGUAUGACAGUGGAGUGGAACAGGCGCGGACUGAUACCAUCCGCACUGCCAAUUUGGUACUGCACUGCAUAGAUUGUGAGACGAAGUAUAGCUGCAGUAUUGUAACGCCUUUAAUAUAUUUAAGUAUUUGUUCUCCGAGUCCGUCGCGGUAAACAAAUUAUGUUAUUUUUCCCCCCCUUUUGCAUCGGUGCCCAGUCUUAAUUAUCCGAGCGUUUACCAAGUCCGUCAAGAAAGUUGUACAGUGAGCAGUGAAAGAAAUGCCAAACCGAGAUGCCAAAGACAUAAGAACAAAAAGAGCGUGUGUGUACGUAUUGCCGCGUUUAUUGCUCAUUUUACGGCAUUGUUUCACGUUUAAUAAAGGUUGCGAUUAACGACA